CUGGGGCCCACGGGGCUAGGGGCUGAUGCCCACGCCAUUUGAAUUGCGACUUGGUGCCAGCGGGAUUUGUCUCUUCUUCAUGCUUUCACUGCAAAAAAAGCAGCUGAGCUACAUGUAUAGCCUGCAAAGUGUACACACAGACGCCAUGGAGGCCGACGUGGCGACCGAGUUAUCGGCGGAGGUCGACUCUCUGAAAACAUUUUUAUCCAAGAGUCGCCAAAGGAUUCGCCAAAUUGCUCGGCGCGCAGGGCUCAAUACUGACCAAGAUAAAAUUGACGCAAAACUAAGUGAUGUUACAAGACUGCUAAAUUUGCUUAAUGAAAUUUUGUCCUUGACAUUUGCCGACCUUUUCACUGGCUCCACUUCCCUUUGUGGCGCUCUGGGGAGCACUCCGACACAUAAUUAUGCCGAUGACCACGGCGACGCGUUUGAUCAUUGUGAAGUCGACGUGAAAGAAGAACUGCUGUGUUCGUCUCCAAUCCAAGAAGAUGGCGACUUUGACCCUCUUUACAUUCCAAACGAAGAAGAUCUUGGAAUUUGUAUCAAACCUGAUAAUUUAGACUGUAGUAAUAACAGCGACAAUGACCAGAAUUUAGUUUUAAAGUCUAAUCCUCUCAAUAAGAAGACGCCGCCAGGCCAGCGCAUUAAUAAGGUUCGGCAAAGUCGGAAAGAGAAAGUUGUCAAAAUAGGAAGUAAAUUAAGUUGCCAGCAUGUAAAAAAUGUGAAUAACACUGCAGAUACUGGCAAGAAUGUAGGGUCAGGCGAGGUUAAGAAAGAACCCGGUAAACCUGACCUCCGCAUCGUCCUGGACAGACUAAAUAAAAUGGAGUUCGCCAAGUGGAAAGUUCAGGAACCACGACCUCUCCAAGAUUGUAGCAGUGACGACAACGAUGACCACCCUGACCCGGAUUAUAAUGAUGACGAUUACAUCCUCCCAUAUUCUAACCCUCCUUCGGACGACGAAUAUAUUCCCGACAAUGAAUCUGCCCCUUCUCGGAAACAAAAGCCUUGUCCCGCCUCCAAAAAACGGAAAUCAUCCAUUAGGAAGAAGAAGAAUAAGUCUCCCGUCACUUGUCCUUAUUGCGGCCUUGUCUCCAACAGCUCUGGCAGUUAUCGUAGACACAAAAUGCUAUUCCACACUGCCGCAGAUCCGCGCCCUCGCAAAGCCCCGAUCUCUCAGUGUCACUUGUGUGACCUUCGAUUCGGGUCGAAAACCUCCCUCGCCACGCAUCUUUCCACCAUCCACGCAACCCAGCCCCUAGACGAUCUUACCCAAUUCGAAGUCACCGAUAGGCCCCCGGGCAGGACGAAAUUUCGAAAUUUUCGUUGCCCCGACUGCUCCAAAGUGAUCGGCCAGGUGCAGAAUUUCUUAAAUCAUAGACUAAUCCACUCCGGGGAGAAGCCGCAUCCCUGCCCCACGUGUGGGCUCGCAUUCCGCAAGAAGGGCACACUCCAACGCCACUGUGAAAGUCAACAUCUCAAAGAGGAGAAGAAAUUCUUAUGCGAACAUUGUCCUAAAUCGUUCCUCUUUAAGUAUACGUUGGUAGCUCAUCAAAAUUUGAUGCACCCGGAGGGGCCCAGAGCUAGCUUUUUGUGCUCCAAGUGUCCCAAGGAAUUUACGUUGAAGAGGAACUUGGAAAGACACAUGAUUCUGGUUCAUGAACAGCUGAGGAGCUACAAGUGUCCCCUGUGUGACAAGGCGUUCAAGCAGAAUGCUCAUUUACGGUAUCAUUUGAAAACGCACGAGAAUCCUGGAGGGAGGCAAAGGGGGCUGAAUCGGGUGAAAGAACAGAUUGUUGAGGAGGAGGAUUCGAUGGAGGGAAACACUUGAUCCGUAAUUUAUUGUGUAUUUGACAAUUAUUUAUUGAGCAAAAUUUAAAAAAUACAAUGUAUACAAUGUCGAUUUUAAAGGUAAAUUAAAUAAAGCCAAUGUUUUCUAGCCUUGUAAACUAUGCAUUUAUCUGUAUAAGGAUAUAUUUAAUAAAAUAUGCCUCCGUGUGUAAAUUUGCCAUAAA